GCACGCGCGGUACGCUCUAAUAAACAGGGACGUGUCAAAAGUAUGUAUUGAAGUGCCGGCGAUUUUAUUCAGGAAGAAAAAACGUUAAAAUGGCCUUUAAAACAUCGUUAGUCUGCUUACUUCUAAUCGCAACACAAACCACCCUUUCGUUUGCAAGCAUUGAAGGUUACUUUUGCCCUUAUUCAACGAAGAAGUUCGAGAAUAUUGCCAGUAAAGCCCUAAAAACAGAGGGCGACGACCUCGCUGCCAUAUACUAUGGGGCCAACACCUAUAAACUGUUAAACCAACCUGUACCACAAGAAUUGAAAGUUAAAGCAUGCGAGCAACUUCAAAAGUUAUUCAAACCCGAACUGGAGGUUGAUGCUUUGUUUUAUGGGAUUUCUAGUCAAAAGUUGUUGGGUUGUGGAGGAAAAUUACCAACCGAUGCGAUUUCUAAGAAAGUGGAUGAUAUUCUCCAAAACGAUAAAUCAACUGUCACCAACUUGUGGUUUGCAACUGAACUAUUAGCAUUACUCGGCCGUUCAGUUCCAAACCCUGCAAAAGUAUCACAGUUGGCUCAAGCUCAGCUAAAAGCAGACGACAAUCUCUUGAGUUUAGCGUAUGCUUUGCAUUUGGCUAGUCACUUGGGUAGCUCAGGUAAAUUUAUCACAGAAAGAAUCGAAGACAUAGUGGUACAAGCCGACGAAGUCGACGGUAAAUUGUUGCAAUGGGAAGGAGGAUUGAGUACAACUUCUCUAAUUACCACUGGUUUAUUUAAGUUCCCCGCGGCUAACACAUUGAACCAAGCUCAGGCCGAUAAAUUGGCAAAUUAUUUGUUGUCUAGAGCCACUGUACAAACUCCCAAAGGUGUUUCCGCUCUCCUGGAGGCCACCGCGGCUUUAGCAGCGAGCAAACUGUCCCCUGUAUCGAUCUCGAUAGCCGGUCCAGCUUCGGUCAGUUUGGACAGCCCUAAUCUAAAGGUGCAGGUCUCGGAUAUUCUCGGUCGUACCUUAAAACCCGCCCCCGGUCCAGUAGUGGCCCAGUCAGCUACGAGGGUCGCCGAUGACGUAGUUGUCUUAGUUAAGCAGCCCCUCAGCGCCGGCACGAAGGAGACCGAAUUCGUUUUGCCUUUGAAACUUGAACCUGGAUAUUAUAAGAUCCUGUUGAACGCCGGCACGCAUUCCGCGAAUCUUUUUGCUCGAGUACUCGGACCGGUUGAGGUGAAAUCGUUCGAAAUCGGCGUGACGGACACGGACGGUAGCUCGGCCCCUAAAUUGGAGAAGGUCUCUUAUCCUAACAAACUGGGCAAGAAGUUGCAGGGAGAUUCCAGUCAGAAUUUAUUGGUGAAAUUCACUUUGACCAGGCCGGUCCAUCAAGCGUUUAUUCGUCUAUCCUCGGGUAAAAAAGAGAUAAUUUUCGUAGCAGGCCACGAAUCGAACAACCAAUACAAAGUGGAGGCGGAACUGGGUCAAGAACUAACCACCUCCGGCACCUUUAACCUGGAAUUGAUAAUCGGAGACUCGGUAAUCACGAAUCCGUUCAGGUGGAACGUCGGAGAGUUGGAAGUGAAGAUUCCGAACGCUCCGGCGGUCGCGUCACCCUCUAAAGUACUACUCCGAGGUCCCAAACCGGAAAUCAAGCACAUGUUCCGACAACCGGAUAAGAGACCCGCCAAAGCGGUUUCUUUACUGUUUACCGCUUUAACUGCGGCCCCAUUUUUGGUUCUGUUGGUACUUUGGGCGAAAAUCGGGGCGAAUAUUAGCAAUUUUACCGCGAAAGCGGUACCGUUCCAUUUGGGUUUCGGCGCGAUUUUGGCACUGUUUACGUUGUUCUGGUUGAAACUUGACAUGUUCACCACUUGCGCUUGGUUGAUUCCUAUCGGGGGAUUCACCUUCUUUGCGGGCCACAAACUGUUGAGCCACAUGGCGAGGAGCAAAAAGUCUGAGAAGUAGGAAAACAAACUAAUCGUUUUCUUUUGUUUGAAGGUGUUUUUUUUCGUGGAAAAAAUUAUCGUAGAUUUUGUACAAUAAUUGAAUUAUUAUGCACUUUAAACAUUAAUUUUAAGUGUCCGAAAAGUCGUAAAUAGAUUGAAGAAAUAGUACAAUUACAGUGUUUUGCAUUUAUGACAAAUACCGUAUUUUAUUUCAAGUAUUUAAUUAGUGUGGAUGUUACAGCUGUAGAUAAUUUUGAUUUACGAAAUAAAUAAAAAAUGUUCUUUAAA